AUGGAUGAUUUUGACGUUUCCACAGAGGACUUCCUUGCCAAUGGGUUUCAUCAGUUUUACACGGAGUUUCAUCAGGAUCUGUUUGAUGUAUUUCAACAAGAGGAUAAUUUAUUGGAGAGCGUCGUCUCGAAGUGCGACGAGUCUCCACGCAGUCCCAGUGUUGAUCUAGAUCUGGAAGCGAACGUUGAAAACUUUAUUCUCGAAUACAGUUGUACCAAUUUUAAUCAAAUCUGGGAGAGUGAUUUUCGACUUCCGGAGCGUACAUUUCUCUGCGACGAUUCGUGCGACGCGUUUCUACGCAAAAGUGACAUCCAUAGUAAUGUUGCGCCCGCUGAAGGGACGAACAAGCCUUGCUCCGAUGAGCAGCCCACGAGCUUCAUUUGUCCUGUCGAUACCUGUCGGAAAGUGUAUGCCAAAUCAGUUCACCUUAAAGCCCACCUCAGGCGCCACGUGGGAGACAAACCGUACCAGUGCAAAUGGGUCGGAUGCAAGUGGCGCUUUUCCCGUUCCGAUGAACUCGCCCGUCACUUUCGGUCUCACUCGGGAGUACGGCCGUACAAGUGCGAUUUUUGCCCGAAGAGUUUUUCGCGUUCGGACCAUUUGGCGAAACAUCGGAAAGUACACGAGCGGAAGUUUGCCGCCGGGAAGUCCAAAGGCGUCUGGGUCAGCUUGCCGCGGGGCAAACCCGGUCGGAAACCAAAGAACGCGGUCAAGGAGAAUCAUAGCCGGGGCUGUUUCGAAACGUGAAA